CGCUUGUUUGAGGAGACGCGGCUGAACACGGCCUCAAAUGGACUUCCCUGUCACAAUGUCAGACAAUUCCUAGCCUUGCGUUUCCCUUACGCCCCCUGACUUUACUCUCUUGACAUUUCAUGUCCGGCCACUCCCUCCUGCAGCCCCCCUUCACCUCACCUGCCCCGCCCAGCUGCACACCUGUUACCGCUGCUCCAUCAGCGCAGUAGUUUAUAUACAGGCCCACUGGCCCCAGCAGAUUAGCUGCAUACUUCCUCUUCAGCAGUCCAGCCAUCGCCCCUGUCUGAGUACCGACUCCUCUCACCUGAUCCUCUUUUGGAUACGUUUGCCUGGCUGACUUAUUUAGACCUUUCCCUGUUUUUGACCUCUGUUUAGAUCAGCAAUCGGACUGCGUGACAUACUUCUGUGUUCUGGCAUGCCGUUCAUCUUUAAUUCCCGUACGUCUAAAAUCUCUUGAUUUUAAAGUAAAAGCGCAAAGGCCAAGUAUUUUGUCAUGUGCGCACGUAUAUUCUCCGUCUGUGUUCGGUCCUCGGUUCACCUGCAGGAGGAGCUGUGGCUCGCCGCAGCCUCUCUGGAGCAGAAGAGAGAGAUCCCUCUUUUUCUCCUUCAGUGGCAUGACAAAUAUCCCCAGUGCUGGAGAGAGAGAGAGAGAGAGAGAGAGCAUAUCAAGAGGCACAGGAGAAGGGGAGAGAGAGACAGCAGCCAGUGUGACAGAUAAGAGCGUGGCACAACUUGUCUUCCCGACUGCACCGUGGGGCUGGGGAAAGAAAGAGCAAAUGCACCAGAGUGACAGGCAAGGCUGCUGCCUGCACACACACACACACACAGACACACACACACACACACACACACACACACACACACAGACCCCUCAGCCCGGCUGCACCAGAAGAAGUUCAGAGAGAAGACUGACCUUAAGAAGGUACAGUAUGUUUGUGCGUCUCUAUCCCCCUCUCACUUACAAAUCUACUCACUUGAUGCUCCACUUUGUCUUCCAGGUGGGUUGGCGGACGCUUCGUCUGUGGAUUAACUUGAAUAUUACGGCUUGCCUUAAACUGAGCCCUCUUGACGAAAAAUUUCCCCUUGGGGAUUAAUAAAGUAUAUAUCUAUCUAUCUAUCUUGUCCUGUAGAGGAGUUGUGUGUUUCCGCUCUAGAAGAACUUGCCGCGUGUUUCCACCUGCGGGAGGAUGGAGAAGCUGUCGGGGAAAGACAAGGAGCUGAUACGAGGCAGCUGGGAGAGCCUGGGCAAGAACAAGAUUCCUCAUGGCGUCAUCAUGUUUUCCAGACUGUUUGAGCUGGACCCCACACUCCUCACUCUCUUCCACUACACUACAAACUGUGGCUCCACACAAGACUGCCUCUCCAACCCCGAGUUCCUGGAGCAUGUCACCAAGGUGAUGCUUGUGAUCGAUGCAGCGGUCGGCCAUCUGGACGACCUUCACUCCUUGGAGGACUUCCUGCUCAACCUUGGGAGGAAGCAUCAGGCGGCGGGGGUCGACACGCAGUCGUUUGCCGUGGUGGGGGAGUCCCUUCUCUACAUGCUGCAGUGCAGUCUGGGCCAGGCCUACACGGCCCCGCUGCGUCAAGCCUGGCUCAACAUGUACAGCAUCGUGGUCGCAGCGAUGAGCCGAGGAUGGGCCGAGAGCGGAGAGGACGAGGCCGACUGAGGCGGGAGCCGCCGAGCAGUCGCCGUCAAAUCACUCCACAUGGUUGCCAUGGAAUAAGGUUGUGUAACUUGCAGCAUCGUGGCUUCGGCCGCUGUACAUUUACUCUUUGGGUGAGGUCGCACAGCAAUUGUGGUUACACCGUACAAUUGGAUCGACCCAUCGCAGAGUUUUCUUUCUUUGCCGUACGGCCGAGCCAGCUUGCUUCGGUUCUUCUCAGUCUGGGUCUGUAAUCUGAGCGCCUCGCACUGAGAAAAAAAGCAACUGUUGAGUCUCUUUGUAUAUAAUGGCUAUGGUAUAUCUACUCGAAUAACACUGGCUGUAGUGGUCUUUGAUGUAUCUUAAAAGAGUUGCACAAUUGUGAAACACGAGAUAUUAUAUUUAGGCAUCGCAAACUACUCAAACUGUGGCCAGCGUGGCAGCUCUCUCUCCAACUGGAACACAGGGAUUCACGACAUGUCGAACGCUUUGGGACGAGGCAGCGUGAUUAUACGGAGGAAAGUCACCUUCGUCAAACUCGCACUGUGUUUUCUACUGAUGCUACACUUCAUUACACCGACGUUUGUUCUCUAACAUUUAAACUAUUGCCGAUGAAACACUUUCAAUAGAUACUGACAAGAACUGUUCCACUCUCUGAUCGGUCUCUUCAGCGAUCUACGACUGUUACGGCGUCCGCGCGCGCCUCACUCAACGCGGUGUGUGACGCUCCCCUCGGUGGAGGCUGUGAUGAUUUCAAUCGGCUUCAGCUGACUGUUAAACUCUAACUACUAGACUGUUAACUCGUCACUUCAGAGUGAAGGGCAUCUUUGAGGAAUGAGAACUUUGUUCCCGUGCUUUCCGUUUCUAGUCACCGUUGGUGUAAAGUAGUUUUCUCGUACUGUCGCCGCUUAUCUUAGUCGUGCUUAUUAACUGUGUUUCUGUGGCUACAAACGAAGCAUUACCUCAUCUUUAGAGGUGAAGGUGAGUCGCUCGUGUUUUUACGACACGUGGAAGUGGGGCUGGAGUGCAUAUUUAUUUGUGGGAUUAUGACACAAAGGCAAGCUGAACUGAUGAUGAUCUUUUUUCAGAACAAAUAAUACAUAUACUGUGUGCUGUCACUGUCCAAUAUGUGUGUUGUUGUUGUUGUUGUUAUUGCUGACAUAACACUGUAUGUAUCAUCCUCAGCUGCUGUUGACAUCCAUGCACAUAAUGCCAAGUAACUUAGCAACAGUGCGCCAAGUAUUAUAUAAUAACGCCAUACAACUGUACAUCCAAGCUGCUGAUAUGUGGUUAUUAUCGCUUUAGUCUGAGUUUACAUGUACAAAGUUUAUUUUUAUAUUCUGAAAUGUAUGUGUUGUUAAAGAGCAUCGUUUUGUUUUUUCAAAGUAUAUCCUCCAGAUGUAAUAAUACCUUGUGUGGAUUUCAUUUAUUCAAAAUAAUACAUCAACUUCUAAAUGUACAGUCCUGACAGAAUGAUAGAAGUUGAGUUUUUCUGUUGGACUGUUUAAUCCCUGCAUCGUCUGUUUCGUCUUUCCAGUACUUUCCAGCCCACAGGUGUAAUGUUGAUGAACUGUGCAUGUGGAGUAUUUCUCGUGAUUCUUUUCUUCGUAUCGGUACACAGCCCUCUGCAGGUUGUUCUUCACAUCUCUGUUUUCAAUUACCUGGCAUUCGGUCUUUCUAGCAGGCGUGACUGAUGACUGGAAUAUUAUCCUGUUAACAUCCAGCUCUGUGCAUAUUGGGUGUGUCACUGUCUACCUCAUCGUGAUCAGCUGCUAUCGAACAGCGAUGACUUCACCUCGUUAUCCUUCAACCAAAAACGCACAGUAUUAUUAUAGUUGAUGCAAGCACGCACUCUUUGUAAACUGGAUUCCAUCCUGAACAAAUAAAACUUGUGUGCUUAUUUGAGACGAAAUAAAGUGAUCUUUUUGUGGAUAUUUUACUGUUAAA